CGUGGAGAGCCCGACGGUCUCGUGAUCUGUCACCUGCCGUACGGACCGACCGCUUACUUCCAGUUGACGAAUACAGUGAUGAGACACGACAUCCCCAACAUGGGAACCAUGUCCGAGGCCUACCCCCACCUCAUCUUUCAUAAUCUGAAGUCCCGAUUAGGCCGACGAGUGAUGAAUAUAUUGAAGUAUUUGUUUCCAGUGCCCAAAGAGGACUCCAAACGUGUGAUGACUUUCGCCAACGAAGACGACUUCAUCUCAUUUAGACAUCACGUCUAUAAGAAAGUGGACGGAAAGGUAGAGUUGUCGGAAGUCGGGCCCCGAUUUGAGAUGAAAUUGUAUGAAAUAAAAUUGGGAACCAUUGACAUCGCAAACGCUGCCGAUUCUGAAUGGAUUCUUAAGCCUUAUAUGAAUACAAAUAAAAAGAGAAAGUUCUUAAGCGAUGAUAAUCUCUGA